AUGUAUGUACAUAUGGAACAUCGUUUUCUCAUUACGAAAAAACAGUUAUUGGCUGUCUAUGGCGCACCUGAUUUGAAAGCCCAAGAGGUGGAGCAAGAGACAGAGCUGUCCUACGUAGGCAAAAUCCACCAACCGGUGUUGGAGGCACAAAUUUGUGUUAGCUCUGCGCGGCUGUGGCGAGCUGGGAAGCAGCCGCCUCAGGAACAGUCAUCGUGGACAACUUCUUCGUGGCAUGCAUAUAUGCAUUGUGACCGCCGACUGGUACUAAUGACCGUUGUUGUGCAACUGGUUGCGUACAUAUCGCAUCAGCUGAUGUAA